CUGAAAAUAUGAAUAACAGAGUGUAUUUCCAAAAACUCUCAAAAUAAGUUCGCAAAAAUAAAUACACGUUGGCUGAUUUAAAUAAAAUCAAGUUAGAAGUGCAGUGGAUCAUCACAUUUUUGAUGGUAUCCAUGGCUAGUUCAAGCAGAACAGCGUCCGCCUUCAGGACGAAGGCUGAAACUUCAGUAGGUUCCAGACGUCGCCCUCACAGUUGGCACAGUUCCAUUGGGUCACCCAAUACAGUCCACCGAACAAGACGGCUUGUUGCUCAAAACAUGGACGGACAACGUGCUUUGGAACUGAUGCCUCUAUUGCAGGAACGGCUUGUGAUUUUGACCGGUGGCCGUGACAGGCGUGGAGGUCCUGUGCUAUCAUUUCCUGCCAGUCCUCGCAGAGAACGUGCUAAACCGGAGGAUUACAAACGCCUUUUGCAAUAUCUUAUGUCCAUUCCCAAUGAUGAAGCGAGGGCUUUAGGUUUCACAGUUCUGGUCGAUAUGCGAGGAGCCACUUGGUCUACAGUCAAGCCUAUUUUAAAGGCAUUACAUGAGCACUUUCCACCUGGAGUCGUUCACCAGGCACUCAUUGUCAAACCGGACAACUUCUGGCAGAAGCAACGGACCUCACUUGGUUCCCAUAAGUACAAAUUCGAGACAAAUAUGAUAAGUAUAGAGGCCUUGUCGAAAAUAAUAGACACUUCGCAGUUAACGGCAGAUCUGGACGGAACGCUGAGUUAUGAUCAUUCAACGUGGCUGGAAAUUAGACUUGCCGUGGAAGAAUUUGCGUGGCAAGCCGCCGACCUCUUGGACCGUUUAGAUGAUCUCCAGGAAGAUCUCGCACGAAAUGAUUUCGCAGACGAUGUGAGUGGAGCCAAGCACAAAAUCGACCUCCACAACGAGAUGAAGAAAAAGAUCAUGAAAGCUCCAGUGGAGGAUAUUGACGUGUUAGGUCAGCGUUUGCUCCAGAAAAUUUGCGGCGACACGGGCCAGGGAGGCGGCGGCGGCGGUGGAGGCGGCGGUGGCGGGGGCAGUGUCAGAGAGCCCGAAUCUCCAAAUAGCGCCAACUCAGAUACGACUGACAUAAAAAAUCUAGUUUUGCAAAAUUUGGAGGCGGUGCACACCUCCCAGCAACACCUACUGCAGCUCUGGCAUCAAAAGAAAUUAAAAUUAGAUCAGUGUUUUCAACUCAGGUUGUUUGAACAGGACUGCGAGAAGAUGUUUGACUGGAUCUGCCACAACCGCGAUGUGUUCCUUUUAAACUACGUUGAAAUCGGCCAUACCUACCAGUUAGCUAAGCAAUUACAAGAAGAACACCAACAUUUUACAAUGAGUUCGAUGAAUGUAUACGUUAAUAUUAAUAGGAUUCUGUCGGUGGCUAGUCGUUUGAUCGAGGGCGGACACUAUGCCGCCACACAUAUUAGGUCUGUGGCGAGCAGGCUGGACAGGACAUGGAAGGACUUUGCCGCAGGGUUAGAUGAAAGGACAGCAGUGUUAGCGUUAUCAGUGAUUUUUCACCAUAAAGCCGAACAGUAUGUGGAUAACGUGCCUAAUUGGAAAUCCGCCUGUGAAAAUGUUAAUAUUCCUUCGGAAAUCAUGAUGCUGGAGAAUUCUAUUCACCAACAUCAAAAUUUAUACGAAUCGAUGUGCCAAGCUUAUACAGAGGUUUAUAACUCGUACCAAUCACUUUUAAACGGAUUGGAUGUGAUGUUACAAGUGUGCCAUAAUGUACCAACCGCUACAGAUGGAGAAGGGAAUCAUAGUACAAAUUUAAUCAACGUUCAUAGUACCAGUAAGAAACUUCUGUAUCAAUUGGAUCACUUGGUGCAAGUCUGCAACCAGCCAGGAAGUGACAAGAAACAUGGUGAUGGAAGCAAUUACGAAAAUAGAUCCGGAGGAAACCCAGCUGCUGAUUAUAGUGAAGGUGCUAGUCAUGUCUUAGCCGUAAUUCAUCAAAUUCUAAAUCACCACAGAGCACUUGAACAAAAGUGGCAUGCAAAGAAAAUCAAAUUACACCAACGCUUAGCCUUAAGAUUAUUUCAGGAAGAUGUUAAACAAGUUUUAGACUGGCUUUCUAACCACGGGGAGGUUUUCAUUAGAAAAAACACUGGAAUAGGGAGGAACCUCCAGAAGGCCAGAGUGUAUCAAAAAAGUCACGAACACUUCGAAAAUGUAGCACAGAACACCUACACUAACGCCGAUAAACUCCUCGCAGCCGCAGAAGAAUUGGCUCAUACUGGCGAAUGUGAUCCGGACGAAAUCUAUUCCGUAGCUCACGAGCUGGAGGCCCACGUUACUUCGUUCGCCACAAGGGUCGAACAGCGACGUCGCCGAUUAGACCUAGCUGUGCUCUUCUACACCCACGAAAAGGAGCUCAGCAAUUGGGUCGACGACCUCAGACAAGAACUGCAAAGUGAUGAAAGCAUCGCCGAAAGUCUAGAAGCCACCGAGAGGCUCUUGGAGCAAACCGCCCAGCACAGGGAUCAAAGCUUGGAUGCUUGCGCCUCCACCAUCGCCCAGGGAGAAGCCUUGCUCCAGGAGUUAAGGUCAAUCGGUGAAAUGGACUCAACCGGUUCAAUAUCAGCGGUCGAAUCAGCUCUUGAUAGAUUAGCGAAACAACGGAGCGAUCUCGAGGAGCUGUGGGCCGCUCGCAAACUGCGCUUAGAUCUCUGCCUAAGAUUGCGGCUCUUCGAGCGCGAUGCUCUCGAGGUCUCGUCACAACUCGAAAUGUGGUCCGAAGAGCUCCAACACAGCGAGCUGACCCGAGACAUUGCGAAAGCCGAACAAUUCCUGCGUCUGCACAACGAAAGCGUCAGUCAAAUGCAAAACACCACCUAUCAGGUGCUGCAACAAGGCCAAGACUUGAUCCAAGUUUUCGAAAAUUCGGGCAUUUGUGUGAUGGCCGACGCCCAGUACAAUGCCCAGACACGUGUCCAGGUCUUGUUGGAGUUUUUGCAUGAUCGGGAGGUCGAUCUGGAGGACUUGGCCGAAGUGAAGCGGGUUAAGCUGGAGCAGUGUAUACAGUUGGGGCAGUUCCAGAACGAUGCCAACCAGGUGAUCAGCUGGAUACGGAAUGGGGAGUCGAUGCUGAUGGCCAGUUUUACAAUUCCGAACAGUUUGGCCGAUGCUGAGUUACUCAAAAAAGAGCAUGAGCAGUUUCAGGUUGCGAUUGAAAAAACGCACACUUCGGCCGUGCAAGUCAAGUACCGAGCUGAUGCGCUUAUCAAUGCUAAUCACUAUGACCCCCAAAGCAUCAGAGAGAUAUCAGAAGAAGUGACAAAGAGGUGGCAACAAUUGGUCACUUGUGCCGAAGAGAGACACAAACUGGUCACUGCUAGUCUCAAUUUCUACAAAACGGCCGAACAAGUUUGCUCCGUUCUGGAUAGUCUUGAGAGGGAGUACCGACGGGACGAAGACUGGUGUGCUACAGGCCAACCAAACGUGGACAAAGCCACCUCAAUUUCCCAACUAAUCAACAAGCACCAGGAACAAAAGGAAGCCUUCCUCAAAGCUUGCACUUUGGCUCGAAGAACAGCCGAGACUUUUCUAAAAUACACAACUCGAAGUCUCCAAUUCUACAACUACUCCAACACCACGAGCAAUCACGAGACCAGAGUUAAGGGCAUUUUGGAGAAGCUCCUCAGCCAGGAGAACAAAGUCCUGGAGCACUGGACGCAGAGGAAGAAACGGCUGGACCAAUGCCAGCAGUUUGUGCUCUUCGAGCGUUCGGCAAAGCAGGCGAUUGAGUGGAUUCAUGACACUGGGGAGUGCUACUUGACUACGCAUGCAACGAAUUUGGGGAACAAUAUCGAAGAAACGGAGAGUUUGCUUCGGGAACACAACGAAUUUAAGGGAACGGCCAAAGAGACACGGGAGAGGGUUAAGUUGUUGAUACAGUUGGCGGAUAGUUUGGUGGAGAAGGGACAUGCACAUGCGAGCUCGAUUAAGCAAUGGGUGGCGGCGGUGGAUAAUAGGUAUAAGGACUUUAGUUCGAGGAUGGAGCAGUAUAGACAGCAGUUGGAGGACACGUUGGGGAUUCAAGCGGAGGAGAGCGAGAAGAAGGAGCUGUCGAUUGAUAGGAAUUCGGAUCCGAGUUUGGAGGCGAAGGUGAAGGAGGCGGCGGCUAAGGAUUUGAAGGAGUUGAAUGAGGAGAAAAGGAGGUCUGCACGCAGGAAAGAAUUCAUCAUGGCCGAGCUCCUCCAAACCGAGCGCACUUACGUGAAAGACCUCGAAACGUGCAUCAAAUGCUUCCUGAAUGACAUGCGACAAGGCAACAAUUGCCCGGCUGCCAUUCACGGAAAAGACGAGAUUAUUUUCGGCAACAUCGAGGAAAUAUACAAUUUCCACAACUCGAUAUUUCUCAAGGAAUUGGAAAAAUACGAAACGAUGCCCGAAGACGUGGGCCAUUGCUUUGUGACAUGGGCCCAAAAGUUCGACAUUUACGUGCACUAUUGCAAAAACAAGCCGGAAUCGAACAGUCUUCUGGUCCAACACGGAGGUGGCUAUUUCGAAGAAUUGCAAAAGAAACACAAGGUGGAGCAUCCAAUUGCUGCUUACUUGAUCAAACCCGUGCAGCGAAUUACCAAAUACCAACUGUUGUUGAAAGACCUCCAGUCGUGUUGCAACGAGGGACAGGGGGAAAUUAAAGACGGUUUAGAGGUGAUGCUUAAUGUACCAAAGAAAGCAAACGACGCCAUGCACCUGUCUCUCGUCGAGGGCUGUGAUGUCUCUGCGAAUAAGUUGGGCGAAGUGGUUUUGCAAGACGCCUUCAGCGUCUGGGACCCCAAGCAGUUAAUUAGAAAAGGGAGAGAGCGGCAUAUUUUCCUAUUUGAAUUGUACCUGUUAUUCACAAAGGAAGUCAAAGAUUCUGCAGGGAAAGUCAAAUAUAUUUAUAAGAAUAAGCUAAUGACUUCGGAGUUGGGAGUCACCGAACACAUGGAGGGUGACGAGUGCAAGUUUGCCGUCUGGACUGGGAGAGCUCCAAUUUCUGACUACCGCAUUGUUUUGCGGGCUUCCUCGCUGGAAACGAAACAACUCUGGGUGAAGAAACUUCGGGAAGUUAUCCAGGAAACUUAUUUCAGUGGCGCUUUGCCGCUGUCUUUGCCCAAGAGUCCGGCCAAGUUGAAGCCGCACAGUCAGAGGUCGAGCCGGGACUUGGAGGAGUGUAAUUCGCUAGAUGAAAGCGUUGAGAAUUUGGACAGGAAUUCCCUCACGUCGUUUGGUUCAGGCAAUACGACUGACUCUGAUAAGGCCGGUGUGCUAGAAAUGACAUGGGUAGUCAGCGAUUUCACAGCAACUUGUCCUCAAGAAUUGAGUGUGACGAAGGGCCAGCAAGUUGAAGUGGUAGAAGUAUGUUCAUCGAAGCCGGAUUAUUGUUUAGUUCGGAUGCCCACUCGAGGAACUGAUCAUGAUUCAUCGGUUCCCGAAGGACUCGUACCAUUAGCCGUUCUCAAACAGCCACCAGCUCCUAGGAGUUCGCCGUCCAGGCGCGCGCCGCUGGACCACGAACUCGACGCCACUUCCAACGACACCACAGGAACGGUCAACACAUCCUCGCCAGUGAACAAACGUCGAGGAUUCAGUGGGCGGAAAUGGUUGCCACCACCACUUCGAAAGUUGUCACAGGGAAAAGUGGAUAAAACACAAUCUACAGCAUUGGAACGACCACCACUCAAGAAGACUGGCUCUGAUAAAAGAAUUAAGGUGCCGUCUGAAAUGGGCAACAAGCCCUCGGUGUCUGAAGGAGAAGACGAUGAAGACAGGCUACCCUUAUCCAUAAAGAACACGAAAUCGCUCGCUUCCGAACUGACAAACGGAGGCGGGGAAGAUGCCGAUGAGGAAGUGGAGUUACCACCGCCCAUGAAACCGAUCCAGGAGCCCAUUGUGGUCACUUCCACGCCACCUGGAGUUCCCGACAUCGAGGAAAACCCAUGCAAACGGGUUUCUAGUCUAACUUUAAAAUCACUAGAGGGUGCGACGUCUGCAGAUUUGGCUGAAAUUGAACAGAUUGUUAAGGAGAGAAUGGAACAACACUCUGAAAACCAAGAACGCAAUUCAGGUUUGCGCGAUACGAAGUCAGCUGAUGCAAUUUCCGAUUGCGGUGACCAGCCAAAUACUCAUCGCGAGUUGUCGGCUCGAUGCUCCUCAAACGAGGCAACGGCUUCGGCUUUUAGCGGUGAUGAAAGUGACAAACCGUCCGAAGACAACGUUGACAGUGCGAAAAAGACCGAAAGUUUGUUGAGGAAAAGACAGUUUGUGUUGCAAGAGCUGGUCGAUACUGAGGAGGCGUAUGUCAGGGACUUGUCGCUGAUUGUUGAUGGGUAUAUGGCUACGAUGAAGGAUCCCGAAUGCGAGAUUCCAAUGCCGGAGGAUCUCAGGGAUGGGAAGGAUAAGAUGGUCUUUGGCAAUAUCGAAGCCAUUUACGACUGGCAUAAAGACAUUUUCUUGAAAUCGCUCAAGAAGGCGAUUGAGAAUCCGACGGAAUUGGCACAGUUGUUCAGAAGAUACGAACGCAAGCUGCAUAUGUAUGUGGUUUAUUGCAAGAACAAGCCGGUUUCUGAAUACAUCGUAUCGGAGUAUUUAGAAUCUUACUUUGAGGAACUUAGAGUCAAAUUAGGUCAUAAACUCCAGCUCUGUGAUCUGUUGAUCAAACCGGUACAAAGGAUUAUGAAAUAUCAGUUAAUGUUGAAAGAUAUAUUGAAGUAUACGGAGAGGGCGGGCUUGACGGCUGAAGCUGAACCACUUAGGACUGCCUACCAGAUUAUGGUUGAUUUGCCCAAAGCUGCCAACGAUAUGAUGGACGUCGGACGAUUACAAGGGUUCGAUGGUAAAAUAACGGCACAAGGGAAGUUACUCCUCCAUGGCCCCCUCACAUGCACUGACGUCCAGGGAACGGUCGUUGGCAAAAACAAAGACUUGCAAGUGUUUUUAUUCGAACAGAGUAUAAUUUUAUCGGAUGUUGUCGGCAAGAAAACUCAAUUCACCAGUCCCCAGUACAUCUACAAGACUCACAUCCAAGUGAACAAAAUGAACUUGCAUCCGGAGGAAGACGGUUUCGUGUUGACAUCCACCGACCCCCACAAGCCCGCUUUGGCGAUCUGCUGCCAGGCGGCAACGCAAGAGCUGCAAGAGCAGUGGUUUUCAACAAUUAAGAACAUCCUGCAAACGCAAAGAGACUUUCUUAAGGCCAUCCAAAGCCCGAUCGCUUACCAAAAAGAGCUUACCAAGGAAGCUUCCGUGUCUGACGCGUCCACACUAUGGGAUCCUAGCCCUCUUCGGAAAACCGUUUCCAUUCCAAUAACGCCAGAUUCCAGUAAACACCGAAAAAACAUCCAUUACAUUCACAAAGCCAAUACCAUUGGCAUACCCUCUGAGAGCGACCUUAGUGACGCAAGCGACAGUAAAGUCCCGAACCACUCAAAGACGAGAGUGAAUUUUUUUGAAGGAUUUAGAAACACGUUGCGGUCGAAGCAUAAAAGCGACCCGACCACCUUAGAGAUACAGAAAGACAGUGACAAGAACGAUAUGCAGAGGAGAUGGUCUGAGGCUAACCAACCCACGUGCGACACUCACGUCAUGGCCCCCGGCACCCAAGCCCGCCUAAUAACCGAAUGGCCCGACUUAUCCCUCGGCGAGGUCGUUACCAUAAUCCGCUACGACACAAGCCAAGGCUACUUGGUCCACACUCAGACCCACUCUGAGGAGCUGUGGCUCCCAGCCCACGCCCUAUCCAACUACAACCGCAAACCUUGGCCCUUCCGCUUCAAAAAACCCGCCAUCAUCCCCGAACUCGCGCCCCCGGAAUUCCGGGACUCGCUCCGGGACGUCACCGUGCAAAGCGGCGCCAAGAUCGUGCUGAAAUGCCGCGUGAAAAACUGCGGCCGAAGCCCCAAGAUCAGCUGGAAGAAGCUCGAGCCCAACAUGUGCGUGCUACGAAACGGACGCUUCAUGCUGGGUGAAGAGGACGAAGGCGUCGCCAUGCUGAUCAUAGACAACGUGAAGUUAUCAGACUCAGGGACGUAUUCGGUCACAAUUUCAAACGAAGGUGGAAUAUGUCAAAGCUCGGCGCUUUUGACCGUCACGGACCCCUAUCCAGCCCUGCAGGAGCCCCAGAUCCAGGUCCUGUCCUGCUCCAGCGUGCUGCUGGAGUGGGAGAGCGAGUUUUAUCACCAAUUCUGGAUCGAGUAUUGCCAGUUGGGCACUGGCGAAUGGCUCUCCCCGAAUAAUAACCGUGUAAUCAAUUCCCAGAGGUACACGGUGGAAAAUUUGAUUCCUGGCGAAACGUACAGUUUCCGGAUAAUUGCCGUGCAAAAUAAAUUAGUUAGUCUGCCCAGUGUUGCCAUUACGUUGCCGGUCGCUGAUAAUCUCAAAUGGCAGCAGGAGCAGUUCAAGAACAGGUAUUUGGAGUUGGAGGAGAUUAGCAGGGGGCGAUUCUCCAUUGUGCGGAGAGCCAAGGACAGGGGGACGAACCUGGAGGUCGCCCUCAAGCAGGUCACCAGACGGAGGCAAUCGCAUCAUGUCACCCAGGCUGAAUACGGACUGCUUGCAGGAAUGCAGCAUGUUAACGUUAUUCGGGCAAUGGCGUUGUUUGAUAACGCGCCACAGCCCGGAAUUGAUACAAUUGUGUUAGAACUAGUCAGAGGGCCGUUACUAUUUACCUAUCUUUGUGAGAAGGAAGAGUACACGGAGGCAACAGUAAAAACCUACAGUCGGCAGUUAAUGUCCGCUCUAUUGUGGCUCCAUCAGAAAGAUAUCUCACACUUGGAUAUUAAGCCUGAGAACGUGAUGGUGGACUUGUCGGGCUCUUCGCCGCUCUUGAAACUGGUGGAUUUCGGUGACUCGGUAAACACUUCGAAGAGCGUCAUUUUGCCACCGGCUUGCCUCGAGUUCGCCUCUCCCGAACUUGUCUUAGGUCAGCCAGUUGGAAAACACACAGACUGUUGGGCCGCUGGCGUUUUCCUCUAUGUCCUACUCAGCGGAGUUUCCCCUUUUCUGGAUGACUCAAUGGAAGAGACAACUGCGAACAUCCUCAAAUGCGACUUCUGUUUUCCCGAUGAUUACUUUGCGGAAAUUUCACCCGAGGCCAAAAGCCUCGUGAAUAACCUCCUGGUGUUGGUCCCGUCACAGCGGAUAAAUAUGGAAGAGUGUCUUAAAUCCACCUGGAUGACGACGGACCAGAAAACCGUGGUUAUUCCCUCAAGUAAACUGAAAACAUUUAUGCUUCGUAGACAUCCCAUGAAUUUACCUACGACACCCACUAGUCCAGCUUACUUUAAUAAUGAACAAAACGUGUGCAAGACUUAAAGGCACGGUUUUAGCGUGACAUGGACCGUUACGGAAUGUGAUAUAAUUGUUUUAUUAGUGUUUUAGUUGCUAUUAAUUACUCGCGACACUUCUUUUAAACGUUACGUUUUCAUUUUUACUUUUCUCGUUUACAUCAUUUUCAAGUGUGAUUGUUAAAUUAUUGACGCAAGUUGUAAAUAAUUACGAUACUUUAACCCAUAUAUUGUUACUGCUAUUAUAAGUAUUGCAGAUUUGUAAAUAAAGAGACUAUGCUGUUUUUGCA